GUGUGUGAGGAGCAGAGGAGCUGGGAUGCUGACAGACUCCACAUAGAUGCGUAAAAUGGCGAAAGCGUAUUCGACCUAAGCCAUCCGCAAAACAGUACGUCGGAACAUGUCCUAGCGGAAAUCUGGAUAUUUUAGUGUUCCCUAAAGAUUGAAGAAAAAAAUACAUAAAUAAAUAAAAUCGCCGCCUGUUCUCACAACGUUGUUCUCAACGAGCGCUGGAUUAUUUUUGUGCGUUUAAAUGGCAUCCACACGGCGCCACCGCCGCCUCCUGAGCUUUUUGGGAAUCCUCUUAAAUGCUUUAAUCGGUGUGCUGUGUGAAGCGGAUCUCUCCUUCACGCUGGAGCCCAGUGACAUCAUCGCCGUGCAGGAGCAGCCGCUCAUGCUCCACUGCCAGGUGGAUGGCAUCCCGCCAGUCACCACUCAGUGGAGGCGUAACGGCCUGCUCUUAACUCAGGACAAGCAUCACACCACCUUCAUCAACGGCUCGCUCCUGAUUGCUCACUUCCAGAAGACCAAGCCUGAUGGCGCGUCUGACGAGGGCGACUACGAGUGCAUGGCCCAGAAUUCAUUUGGGCGGGUGGUGAGCCGCAAGGCCCGCAUUCAGGCAGCCACUAUGGCAGACUUCCAUGUUCAACCAGAGUCGGUGCAUGUGGAGGAGUCCGGCGUGGCCCGGUUCCAGUGUCAGAUCCACGGUCUCCCGGAGCCUGCGAUCAGCUGGGAAAAAGACAGACGCCCAGUGGACACCAAGGACGCGAGGUACACGCUGCUGCCCACAGGAGUCCUCCAGAUCACAGGCGUGCGUGAGGAGGACAGUGGCAGGUUUUGCUGUGUGGCCCAUAACAGUGCAGGAGUUAAACACAGUGCUGAGGCCCUCCUAACUGUUUCAGGCUCUCAGUCUUCUGUCUACAAAGAGCCUAUGAUCCUGGUCGGCCCGGAAAACCUAACCCUCACUGUUCACCAGACUGCCAUUUUGGAGUGUGUUGCUACAGGAUACCCCCGGCCCAUUGUGUCUUGGAGCAGACUCGAUGGCCGGCCUAUUGGGGUGGAGGGAAUUCAGGUACUUGGCACGGGGAACCUGAUGAUCUCAGAUGUCGGUGUGCAGCACUCGGGGGUCUACGUGUGUGCUGCUAACAAACCGGGGACCCGUGUCCGUAGGACAGCUCAAGGACGUCUGGUUGUCCAAGCUCCAGCCGAGUUUGUUCAGCCUCCACAGUCCAUCGCCCGACCAGUCGGCACCAACGCCAUCUUCACGUGCCAAGCUCGAGGUGAGCCUGAACCACAGCUGACCUGGCUGAAGAACGGACAGGUUCUGGAGACAGGAGGGAAUGUCAAACUCAGGAACAACAACAGCACUCUGACGGUAAAUAGCAUCAGCCGGGAUGAUGAGGCGAUCUACCAGUGCAUCGCUGAGAACAGCGCCGGCUCCACGCAGGCCAGUGCCCGUCUCACCGUGCUGUGGGUUGAUGGACUGCCCGGGGUGCCCACUCAUGUGGCGGCCGAAGCCCUCUCGCCCACCACCAUCCGACUGUCUUGGAGAGAGCCAGAUCAGAACACUCAGGACAUCAUCGGUUAUGUGCUCCACAUUCGCAAGACCUCAGACCCGGUGGACAUGGAGUACGAGGAGGCUGUCAGUAAGGUGACGCUGCAGCAGGUCAUCCGUGAUCUUGAGCCCUCCACCAAUUACACCUUCUACGUAAAAGCCUACACCUCCCAUGGAGCCAGCAAAGCAUCUGACAGUGUCACAGAAAGCUCACGUGGGGAGGUGCCGGCUCCUCCAUCUCUCUUGACAAAGGUGUUGAACAGCAGUGUUGUACAAGUAAUGUGGGAAUCCUCCCCCAAGAUGGGCCAACAUCAAGGCUUCAGACUGUACUACAGAAGGGCACACACACCUUUGUUCACGGGUCCCAUCAACUUCCCUGGCAACGUCACCCAGUACAGCAUCUCUCAGCUCGAUUCUUCGCUGGUCUAUGAGAUUAAGCUGCUUGCAUACAACCAGUACGGCGAAGGGAACGCCACCGUGAGAUUUGUUUCCCUCCGUGAGACACUGGAGAAAUCAGUGCUGAAUGGUCCGUGUGACUGCGUGAAAGAUGAACAUAGCAAAAGCUCAACUACAGGCAUCAUUAUCGGGAUUCACAUUGGAGUGACGUGUAUUAUCUUCUGUGUGCUCUUCCUCAUAUUCAGCUACCGCGGAAGGCUAAUGAUGUGUAAGACGGUUCAGGCCACCCCCCAGGCGGGGCACAGCGCAGGGAUAGAAUCGUCCUCUUCGUCUCAGAGGUCUUCUGGGCUGAAAGGGGCUGCCAGGAGAGACAUGGACGUCAAUGGUGGUGCUGCAGGGAAGAAAGUGGUCUGCAGCAAUGAGCUCCAGACACUUUUCACUCAACCCAGCGCACGAGAUACAAGCAUGUCCGAGUCCUACAUGCUGAAUGACACCCAGCUGUCUACAAUACCGCUGGACGAGUUUGUGGUGGAGAAAGAGACGCCGUUCCAGGAGCAUCCUACAGCAGGAGCAGCUCACCAUGUAUGAAGGCCCGUUCACAUGACCCUUUCUUGUGGCCGCUUAGACUUUCCUCUCACUCAGGUUGACAAGUGUUUUAUUUUUUAUUCCUUUAAGUAAUUUUUCUUUUCGUGCAAAGAGAGUUUCUGGAAGCUCUAGGACUGUAAAUUGGAGUGUUUUUGGCCAGAGGUUUCUAGAUAGAUGUACAACUUUAAAGAUUUUUGGUCUUUUUGUUGAUUUUCUGGUGUUUGGCAGCACAGAGAAUUGAGACCCCAGAAUGUCCUUGUUAUACAAUGACUUUAUUUUCAAGUUCAUAAAUAUAUGUAUCUAUAUUUAGAUAUAUAGAUAUACACAUAUCUUUAUCAUCUAUAUGUCAAAGCUGUUAUGGUUGGUCGUAUCUCUACUCGUAUCUCCGUGGACGUCAAAGACUCCUGCUGCCGGCUCUCACCCACCAUUGACUCCACCGUCUUACUCACCGAAAACCUCAGUUUUCUUCCAGGGAUUCAAUAUAUUCUCUCUCAGGACUUUGUUUCAGCGAUAUCAGCAUUUUUUUUCUUUAAUUAGUUCGGUAUCGGCCUUCAUACAGGUACUAGACUUGGAUGCGUUCACAAAAACCUACCUCAGCCGGAAUGAAUGUGUCGUGGGAAGCUUUUGGAGACAACUUUCCCUUAUGCUCACACUUAUUUUACGCAUGGAGGAACUGACUGGCUGGAAAACUACAAGAUCAGGUGACGCUCUACCUCAGAUGUCAGGAAUCGUCUCUCCACUUAUUUGACAUGCUUAUUUGACAUGAAAUGGGAAAAAACGAGCAUCCAACAUAAAGCACUUCCAAAUGCUGAAAUUAUUGUUCUACCUCAAAUUAACAAUGUUAAUGUUGUCGCUGUUGUUGAUGUUUGUUUAUUGCAUAAUGAGAUCCUUUCUUUUUUCCCCCUUGUGAAGUCGGGUAGUCCUUCUGUUGUUGAUUGCGAUGUUUGCAGAGCGUCAGAACCUCAUGCAAACUGACAGAUUGAUAACAUGAUUUACAGUAUGUUGAUAAUAUUUGUAAAUUAUGCUGUUAGUUGUCUGUACUAUAGAUGUUUUAUUUUAAAGGUCAUUGUAUUUUUUCCACUUGUAGUUGAAUGACAUUGCUAUUAGAGAUACACUGCAUUGCUAAUAAUAUUUUCAGGACUAUUUAGGCUAAAUGAGACAUAUACACAUAUAGUACUUGACUCAAAUCUGUUUAUAUUUGAAUUUUAGUUCAUUGAUUGAAUGUGUUUACACAAAUAGGAAGUAAGAAACUGAUGCUUCAAUUUUUUUUUCUAUUUCUGUAAUGACCUAAAGGAAUAGCUUGAUAUUUAAAGAAAUGUUGUUUGUUUCUGGCAUCGAGAAAAGAGGAUCAAUACUUCUCUUGAUUUCUCCUUUUCCAUUAUGAAAUGAUAGAACCGGUAGGUGAUCCUUUCUGACAUUUAAAGGAGGUAAAAGUAACAAAAUUCACCUACUACCACCUCUGAGGCAAACUAAUCAAUCAUGUUUAAGCCGUGGAAAAAAACCCACUGCUUAAAACCAACAAUUUGAGACAGAUGUGUAACAAAUACUGAUGGGAGCAGUAUUGAUUUUCUCACCUUAAUCUAUACCAGAAAAACACUCAACUAUUCCUUUAAGAACACAGAUAAAAGAGUAGUAUCCCUUUUUUUUUUU